GGAACUUCGCUCACUUUGCUAGCUUUUUUCGGAAUCACUGUUUUGACCUCAGACCGUCUUUUGGCUAUUCUCUCUCUUCUGACCUUGGUGAAUUUGGACUCUCGGUUUGUUGACCUCAAUUUUGGACUCUCCUUUAAACUGUCAACUUCAGUAAGGAUGUCUCCAGCGCCUUUCAAGAAAUGUGAUGUGUGCGGGGGCAAGGUGCCUGUCCAGGACCCCCAUUCCUCCUGUCUCCUUUGUAUUUGCAGAUGACUACUCAAAGAAAUACUGUUACAGCAGCACUAGGAAUGGAGCCAUUAGACAAGUACAUGUUCAAAUACAAAGGAUUCAAUUUUCUCCAAGGUUCUGUUACACCAGAAUACAUUGAUUCACUGGAGGAUUUCAAAAUCAGAGACAGUGACAUUUUUCUGGUCACUUUUCCAAAAUCAGGCACCAUAUGGACACAGAAUAUUUUGAGCCUUAUUUAUCAUGAAGGUCAUCGAAAUGGAACUGAAAACACUGUCCUAAUAGACAGAGUUCCAUGGCUGGAGUACAAUGUCUGCAAUAGAGAUUAUGGUAAUCGGCCAUCACCUCGUCUCUUUUCUACCCAUCUGCCCUAUUAUUUAGUGCCUAAAGGAUUAAAAAAUGGAGCAGGAAAGAUUAUCUAUGUGGCCAGAAACCCAAAGGAUGUGUUGGUCUCCUACUAUCAUUUUUUCAACAUUACUGUCAAACUGGAAAAAAUAGAAGAUUUUGACAUUUUUAUGGAGAAGUUUUUGGCUGGUAAAGUAUUAGGUAAUUUCUGGCUAGACCAUAUAGAAGGCUGGUCUGCUAAGGAGAACAACUUCAAUAUUCUUUUCCUUCUAUAUGAAGAAAUGAAAAAGGAUCUGAGAAGCAAUGUGGUGAAAAUAUGUAACUUCCUAGGAGUGACACUGACUGAAGAGGAGUUGGAUGACAUUGUGGAUAAGGCUUCAUUUGACAAAAUGAGUGUGGAUCCUCGGUCUAAUUAUUCAUCCAUGCACCCUGAAUUCCUAGAUUUCUCCAAAGGACGCUUUUUGCGCAAAGGUACUGUUGGAGACUGGAAAAACACGAUGACAGUUGCACAGAAUGAAAGGUUUGACAGUAUUUUCAAGGAGAGGAUGGAAAAGCUGCCCUUCAAGUUCUGCUGGGAUAUCAAUGAAUUUUGAAAUAUAAUGAACAAAUCUGCCUCUGGUGCUUUAUACAGACCUUUACUUUGGUGCAGCAACAAAUUUGUCUCAACUUGUUUCCAAAUCAGUUUGCACAUUUUGGUGGGUAAAAUGGACACAGUUUUAAUGUUUGAAAUGAACGGGUUUGAUAUUGACUCAUAAGUAGAUAUGGGAGAAUUUUAAAUCCUAUAUUUUGUAUGAUGUAUUCCUUCACUCCCUCAUGGUGGCUAUGGCAAAAUUAUAUAUUUUACUAUUACACUGAUAUCUCUCUUUCUUCCCCAUUGAUUGCCUUAGAAAUUUUACUUCUUGGGAAACUGGAGCUUUUUAAAGUAGAUUUUGGGCAGGAAUGCAGAUGCAGGAGAAAGAAUCCUUUUAACAAUAUAUAUCUCCAUGUGAGCUCCAUAACUGAUUCAUGAAGGGGAGCUUUACAUGUGAUGCAAAAAGUAGUUUGGUUUUAAGAUAGCCAACCAUCUUACAUACUGUUUCAUAUUAUAUAUUUUCUGACCACAUACUGUAUUGUCUCCUGAGUUUCAAAUUUCACAACAAUAAGAAGAAACUAAUUAAAAAAUUAGUGGAUGAAUACAUUUUGAAACCUAACAAAACAAAAAGGGUAAUCUGAUUUGAACUUUAAAAAAAAGGUAAAAUGAUUGAUCUAAAUUGAAAUUUUAAAAUGAACUUAAUCUUAGAAUUAAAUUACUAUAAAACAUAUUACUUAAAGGAGAGACAUGGCCAAACAGCCAACAGAUUUUACAUUUUCCAGCUGGUCACAAUCCAUAACAUUCUGCUUAAUUUUAUAUACCCUGCAAAACUUCAGUGAAAAAAGAGGAAUCAUCAGAAACCUGAAUUAUUAAAUGAUAGAAUAAAUGGUCAUGAAUUUGUUUCUGUAGUAUUUGAAGUGUGUUUCAGUGCAAAUGAACAGACAUACACUUCUACUGCCAAGGAAGCCUAUUUUGAACAUAUUUUGAGUUUCUAGUGAAUAUGAAUUUCUUAAAAGAGAUAUAUUGAAAAUGAAUUUUCAUUCAUCCAAUUCAGCGGGGUGCAUAUGGAAGUAGACUUUAGUCUACGAAAGCUCAUGCUACUAACAUAAUUCCUUUAAUCUUUCCUUAAACUGUGACACACACUGUGUUUACAUACAUAGGUAAAGUGAAGGGUUAGAAAACAGGUAACAAUGUAGAGAUUGGAGUGUUGGAUACUUCCUAUAUCACUGCUUUUGCUUGUUGUUUUUGACGCUUCUGUAGGUACAGUAACUCUGUUCACUUAUAUUUAGUGUAACAUGGGCCAAAUUGAACAUUCAGUCAAUAAAUCAGUCCAUGAAAACUUCAGAUCAGCCAACAGCCAUUCAAAAAAAUCUGUUAUUUUUAUUGACUCAGACCUUUGAUCUUUAUGUACACCACUCUGAAAUCUUCUUGAAGGCACUAUGAGACGGAACAGACUGGCAAGUUAAGCCACCUUCCGGAAAGCUUGGGAGCAUGGUGUUUACACACCGCAUGCUCCCAAGCAACCUGGAAGCUGCACGGAGGCCAUUAUUGAAUCAAAUUUUCAGUCUUUAUGUACACCACUUUGAAACCUUCUUUGGGAAGAAAGCGCUGUGUCUCCAUUUUGAAAUUACUUAAACUGAUAAAUUUGCACAGAACAUGCAUGGCAACCCAUUGCUUUUUGCUUCUGGUUCACACAUGUUCUAAGCUCUACAUAUGCCCAAAGACACUUUAUAUAUCAUUUUGCUUUUUAGGCCAAAGACCUGGUCCAGGUGGGGGAGUGUUGGAACUAAAGAAGAAUAAAAGCUUGGAUUUAGUAAUUAGUGACACAGGGAGCUCUAAAGUGCAUGCCUGCCUCUUGGUUUUCAUCUGUUUUGUUUCUUGAUCUGUAUGUUGAAGCCUUUUCUGCUUCCUGGCUGCCUGCCUAUCUAAGUCAGUACCCUCUUCUUGCAAAGUUAGUGUCUUUUCAUGAGCCUUUGUUCUGAGAGGGACCAUCCAUGAGGCUCUCACCUCAGGAGGCCUCCCAUUCACACAUGAGAGUCAGCUUUAGGGACUCUUGUUGUAAAGUAUAGGUGAUCUUCUUUUGUCUAUCUUCUUUUCUACCCCAGAUGGAUUUCCUGCAGUAAUAAAUGUAAGGUUUACUUUUUAAUUUUACCAGAGCAUCCUCUAUAUUCUAUCAUAAGCUCAAAUAUGUUGCACUGGCAUCAGUGGGUGACACUGAUGUUGAGUGAACAGAAGUAACAUAAUAGCUAACACAUGUUGGUAUUGCAUACAUGGAGGCAAAGCUGACUCUCCUUGCAUGAUCCUCUCACUCUGUGAUGAGACAGUCCCAAAUAAAACAAAAGGCAGGACUAGAAUACAAACUGUGACAUAGAAAGGAAUAACGGGAAAUCACAAUAAACAGAUAAGCCAUGGGCAUAGGAAAACUCAAAAGAUGGGAAGAUAAGCAGCAGAAAAAUUGAACAAUACACACACUGUCAGAAGCAGCACCACACAUAUAGCAAUGUGGAAUGUGAGAAGCAUGAGCUAAGGGAAGCUACAUUGUUAAAAAAAAAGGAAAUGAAACGCAUAAAGAAAGCAAUACUAGGGAUGAGUGAGCUAAAAUGGACAGGAAUGGGUCAUUUUGACUCAGACAACUACACAGUGUACUACUCAGGAAAUGAAAAAGACACAAAGAAACAGCGUGGCCUUCAUACUAAGGGUGAUCUGGCAAAACAAGUACAGUGCACCCUUGCCUUAUGUGGGGGAUCUGUUCUAGACACCCCCCCCCCCCCGGCAUAAGGCAAG